ACCACAACUCCGACGAGAACGAGGGGGAAACUCUGCUCAAUGAGAAGUUAGUCUUGAAGUGUGUGAAACCCUGGAAAGAUGGCUGCGGAGAGUGGAAUUCCAGUGCCCAAACCGGGCCAAGGAGAACCUAUUGUCUUCUUUGACAUUACCUUGGGAGGUGAACCAUUGGGCCGAAUCAAGAUGCAUCUCUUCUCCAACACUGUGCCCAAAACCGCUGAGAACUUUCGACAAUUCUGCACCGGAGAGCACAAAGGCCCUAAUGGCCGCCCACAGGGGUACAAGGCCUCUAAAUUCCAUCGCGUGAUCAAAGCAUUCAUGAUCCAAGGAGGCGACUUCUUACAUGCAGACGGCACAGGAACUACCAGCAUUUACAGUCUCAACGGCUCAUUCCCAGACGAAUCAUUCCAGCAUAAGCACACCUGUGCAGGUCUAUUGUCCAUGGCGAAUUCGGGCCCUAAUACCAAUGGAUGCCAAUUCUUUAUUACCUGUGCACCAACCCCAUUCUUGGAUGGUAAACAUGUUGUUUUUGGGCAGGUCAUUGAGGGUAUGGAUGUGGUUAGGAUGAUUGAAUCUACUAGGACUGGCGGCCCAGGGGGAAGAGGGUCUGGAGAUCGUCCUGUCUUGGAUGUGAGGGUGGCUGAAUGUGGUGAGAUGUGAGGAAUAGUGGGUUCUAAUCACGACAAAUCACCAAAAAAUCACCAAAAUCCAAUGAAACGAUGAUUGAGUAUGAAGUUCAUGUCAUUGAAAUGCUCAAGAUAGCACCAAUCGCUGCAU